AUGCCUGAACCUACUCUACCUGCUAAAAUCACCAAUACGAAGUAUUUGACUUCUUACAACUGGAUCAGCAAGGAACAACCCGAGAUUAUCAUCCCCGGCGAACCCCCAGAAUGGACGCCGCUUUCUGAACCCAUUCAGCUGCGCGUGGACUCUGGUGUUUACUUUCGUGACUUGAACCAGGCACGGCAUCCCACAUACCCACUUGAGCCUGUUUUCCAAGCGAUACUCAUAGAUAAACCGGAGUUCUGUGUCGACGAUUUGGAUAUUGUGGCUUGUGGCAGCACGUUGGGAAAUCUGUUGAGGUUUGUGCGUGGCAGAGCCCCUACAUUUAGGAUGCUGGUCGAAGUAAUCGGGAAUACAGUCUUCCUUAUCAGAAGACAAAAUUCACCCAAAGAAACCAUUCCGGAUAUCCGAGGGUUUGGGCAUAGCUUUCCAGAGGCCUACACGACGUGGGGUAAAGACGUUGGGAGAUCAGAGUCUCAUCAGCGUCUUAUCAACUUUGAAUUUGCCAACAUGAAUUGUCUCGUACGAUUUGAAGGUGACGGUUAUCUUCCUGACCUAUUGCCCGAUGAUUUGAAAACACAGAAAAAUUCUAUUUCUAGCACAGGUGAAUCGGAACCUGAAGAUCUCUUAUCAUCUCUUCGAUCAGCCACAAUUUCGGCUGUUCACUCAUCCAAGACGGCCCAAGACUCAAAGACUCUGCAAGCCUCAAAAGGGGGUCGCCAUAUUCCACAAUGUGCGGUAUUCGACCUGAAGACGCGUUCUGUCCGAAAAGCCGACAUCGAUACCCUUUCAGAAGAGAUGCCCCGUUUAUGGAUCAGACAGAUUCCCAACUUUGUGCUCGCCUACCACACCUUCGGCAAGUUCAAUGAUAUCCGAGUUCAGGAUGUGCGAGAGAAAAUAAUGGAAUGGGAAGAAAUUGAACAGCCGACCUUGCAGAGGUUUGCCACUUUGUUGCAGAUGGUUACAUCAUUCGCUCGUAGCGCAGAAGACGGCAAGAUUGAACUUGAACAUGACGAGGAUGAGGCUCAGGGCGUUCUAAAUCUGAGGAUUCCGGGAGGAGAUGUUGACAGUAUACUGCCGCCAGCUUUGGUGGAUAAUUGGAAUGCCCACAGUGGCUCUGAUCUGGAGUCAUAG